AUGAAUGGUGUUCCGAAUUCGCACGAAUACUACACUACCGGGACCUGUUUGGGGAUAAAUAAGCGAGCGGAACGUGCGCUUGUUUUAGUCUGACCAUAUUCUUAGCUCAAGUUCGUUCAACAGAUCUUCACCUACCGUAAACAUCAUGCCGGAUUACAAGGUGUAUUACUUCAAUGUUAAAGCUUUGGGCGAACCUCUGCGAUUCCUGCUGUCCUACGGAAAUCUCCCGUUCGAUGAUGUGAGGAUCACCCGUGAAGAAUGGCCAGCACUCAAGCCAACAAUGCCGAUGGGUCAGAUGCCGGUGCUGGAGGUUGACGGCAAAAAAGUGCACCAAUCGGUCGCAAUGUCCCGCUAUUUGGCCAACCAGGUCGGUUUGGCCGGCGCUGACGAUUGGGAGAACUUGAUGAUUGACACCGUGGUCGACACGGUGAACGAUUUCCGUCUAAAAAUUGCCGUUGUCUCGUACGAACCGGACGAUGAUAUCAAGGACAAGAAAUUGGUUACUUUGAACACCGAGGUCAUUCCAUUCUAUCUGGAGAAGCUGGACGACAUUGCACGCGAAAAUAACGGACAUCUGGCAAAUUCUAAACUGAGUUGGGCCGACAUUUAUUUCACCGCAAUUUUGGACUAUUUGAACUACAUGACCAAGUCUGAUCUGGUCGCGAAUCAUCCGAAUCUGCAGAAAGUGGUUGACAACGUUACAUCGAUCGAAUCCAUUCGAAACUGGAUUGAUAAACGACCAAAGACUGAGAUCUUUCUCUUCUUUUCUUUCCCUUCCGUCUGCCCGUUACCCGUCCAAUGGUCCGUGUUUCUUUUUCUAGCUAUGCCCAUGGGCCAGAUGCCGGUGUUGGAGGUCGAUGGUAAGCGUGUUCAUCAGUCGUUGGCCAUGUGUCGAUAUGUAGCCAAGCAGAUCAAUUUGGCCGGCGAUAAUCCGCUCGAGGCACUGCAAAUCGAUGCAAUUGUAGAUACGAUCAAUGACUUCCGUCUAAAAAUUGCAAUUGUUGCCUACGAGCCGGACGAUAUGGUGAAGGAGAAGAAAAUGGUCACCCUAAACAACGAAGUGAUUCCGUUCUAUCUGACCAAGCUGAACGUGAUUGCUAAGGAGAACAACGGCCACCUGGUGCUCGGCAAGCCGACCUGGGCUGAUGUUUAUUUUGCCGGCAUCCUAGACUAUUUGAACUACUUGACCAAGACUAAUCUGCUUGAGAAUUUCCCGAACUUGCAGGAUGUGGUCAAUAAGGUGCUUGACAAUGAAAACAUCAAGGCUUACAUUGCCAAGAGACCUAUCACCGAGGUAUAGAUGAAGUGAUAGAGCGUUUUUGCCUGCAGAUUAAUUUUCGUUUUGAAUGCAAUCAUGUGAAUUUGAUUUGAUUUUUUUUUUCAAUUUUGUUCUUUGGUGAACCGACAAUUGGUUCCGUUUGUUUCGACAUCAAACAAUAACUUACUCAUUGGUUUCAAACGUUAUGCACUCGUUAAGGCAACUUUACAAUUCUUAGCGUGCGUUGUGCACAGCGUUUCAAUUUCUACUCCCAAGGAUAAGCUUUUUAACCAUGAAUAAACGGUCAUUUAUUCGCGAUUUCAUUUCAUGCAUGUGUUCACACAAAACAUCAUAAGUCGUAAUAACUGUGUUUCUAGCAUACACGCCUAAGCUAAGCUUGAUUAUGGAUAAGUAUGACAAUAAAUGGCGAUUCAGAAG